AUGGACGGCGUGCAGGGCCUCAGCGGCUGGCGGUGGAUCCUGAUCGUCGAGGGCAUUCCGAGCGUCGUCCUGGGCGUGGUGACGUACUUUGUGCUGCCGAACGAUGCCGAGACGGCGUGGUUCUUGGACGACGCCGAGAAGGCGCUCAUGGAGAUGAGGAGGAGGAGGGAGUAUGGGAGCACCAAGAGCAGCGGCGGCAUCGAGAAGAGUGAUGUGCUGAGGGCCGUGACGGACUGGAAGGCCUGGGCCUUUUAUGUUGCGCAGUUUGGGGUUGAUACCAUGCUUUACGGCUUUUCUACCUUUUUGCCGACAAUCAUCCAGGCACUGGGGACAUGGACGACGGCGCAGGUCCAACUCCUUACUAUACCGUGUUACUUUCUCGGCGCGGCGGCUUACAUGGCCACGGCGUUCUUGUCGGACCGUAUGCAGAUGAGGGGACUAUUUUGUGUCAUUUUCGGGUCCAUCAGUGUGGUCGGAUACGGAGUGCUGCUGGCGGACGUGGCGACUAGUGUGCAUUAUUUUGCGUGUUUCCUGGUAGCAGGCGGGUUGUAUGUUGUUGUUGGGCUGCCGUUGGCGUGGUUGCCAAACAACUCACCGCGGUACGGCAAGAGGGCAACGUCGACGGGUUUGCAGCUUACUUUUGGUAAUGCCGCCGGCGUCAUGUCUGCUUUUAUUUACCCCAAGCCAGAUGCCCCGAGAUAUAUUCGCGGUCAUGCUGUCUGCCUGAGCAUGGUGGGCAUGGGCACAGCGAUUUACGGGUUUCUGUGGUUUUGGUACUGGCGGCAGAAUAAGAGGCGGGAGGCCGGUGUGAUGGAGGACAAGUUUAGGGAUAUGGAGGAGGAGGAGUUGAUGGAGCUGGGGGACGAUAGCCCACGGUUUAGGUAUAUGAUAUGA